GUAGGAGGGUCCAUGUGCACAGAAUGACGUCGCUCUGACUGCAAGUCCGACUCGACUCCUUCGUUUGUUUUUAAUUACUCUUCUUCUUCUGUUUUUUUUUCUUUUCUUUUCCAGAAUCGUCAAUCUUGGGAAAAAAUUUUUUCUUACGGCCAUAAUGUGAGUGUGAUUAUCCGUCGCUGCCGUCCGACCCAUCGCUGUCGUUUCGUCCUGUCAGGAGCAGCGGCUCGCUGUUGAGGAUUACUAGUGAUAAUACGCAGUAGACUUCUCCGGUGUGUCUAUCUGUCAAACUGGCAACAAUGUAUUGGAAAGAGUAGAGGGGUGAGGAGGUGGGGGGCGGAGAGCACGUUGGUUGAUAUUUAUUGACUUUGCUUCUUUUUUUUGCGUUUUUCUUUUUCUGUCCUCUGGAUUAUCGCUGCCCAGCAACACAGCCACCUGACAACUCUGAAUGUCGUAAUUAAGGUAACUCAAUGAGCCAGCAAUGGAGACCAAAAGAUACCAAAGUUUCUUUGAUGGAAAGGACACAGAGAACAGAUGGCCUCAGGUCCCUGGCACUAUGGAGUACUGCUGCAGUACAGAGGAUUCAAGUCUGACUGGCAGUGAUAUCCUGAUGGACAUAGUUAAUGUCAACUGCCCUGCUGGAAGCCCGGCCACCGACUGCAAAGACAACAAUACAAAAAAGCAGGAGCAGCCAAUGCUGCAGCUCAGCCAGAACCAGCCAUUUGUUCUCCCACACUUCAACAACUCACUCCUUGGUCAUAAGCAGGAAAUGGACUCCAAAGAGCUUUCCAAGACUGUGGCUGAGUCUAUGGGCCUGUAUAUGAAUGCUGCCAGGGAGGCAGAUUUUGCUUUUAACCAGCAGGGAGCCAAUACCAGCCCAGGAAAGCUGUAUCCAGCAUGUGGACGGCCUUUAGAGGAGAACCAAUGUGGUCCCACAAAGAGCCCCAAAUUGAAGCCAUUUGGUUUCCAGCAGCCUAGCGCGACUCCCAGAGAAUGCACCGCGGGGACCCCGGUUAGCUCAGCAUCUAUGCUGGCCUCUUCUCUGUCCUGCAGUCCCCAAACCUCCAGUGCCAUUUCCAGCCCCGGAGGCAGCAACAAUAUGGUGUCGUCUACCACCAGUCCUCCUACGUGCUUUGCGCCUCUGUGCUCGUCUGUCAGUAGCCCUGUCAGCCAGACUUCGUGUGCUGCAACUCUAGCCAACAUCAAGCGCAGGAAUUCAGUCACAUGUAGCCCUGUGGAGUCCAGCACCGUGGGCUCACCGCCACUCACCAGCCCGCUCAAUGUCAUGAGGUCUCCCAUGUCCAGUCCUCAGAGCAUGAGUAGUGUGAGAUCCCCUCCAUCCUGCAGCACUACAUGUAACAUUAGGUCCUCUGUCUCAAGCCCAACAGCUGGCAGCUGCUCUAGCAAAACCACCAACAACUGCAACACAGCAAUGCCCUCCAUCUCCAGUCCGGCCACAGCAGGCAACAUGACUGCCAGCAGCCCACAGAACCCCUCCUCUGGUGGGUUUCCUGUGUCCAGUCCUGCUGACGGACUGGGUCUGGUGCAGAAUGACACGAGCAGCCCGGAAGCAGGGCUGACCAGAGAAACGGACUUCAAGAAUUUCGAGUUCCCUAAAGUAGAGAUGGUAGAUGGGGAGGUGUUCAAUGUCGGCUUAGAUCAGAUGGGGAUGGUUAAGUACAUAAAGAACGAGCCUGGGACUGACUUCAGGAGCAUGUGUUUAGGCAGCUCCAAAUGUAACGCGAGCAACACGCCCUUUAUCACGCAGAUUAAGAGUGAGCCAAACAAAAGUGAGGGAUGUAUGAAUCAACAGCCCUACGGUGAGCAGUCACCAUCGAUUGGCCUCUUCUCUGCGUCUGAGACCACUUAUCUGUCCCUGAGGAAUAACAUUGAUGAAUACAGUCUUUCCGGUAUCUUAGGACCCCCUGUCUCCUCUGUGAAUGGGAACUAUGAGUCUGAUGUGUUCUCCAACAAUGUCCUGUCUAAAGGGGUUAAGCAGGAAGCCACAGAUGGCAGCUAUUACCAAGAGAAUAACAGCAUGUCCACAUCCGCCAUUGUUGGAGUUAAUUCCGGUGGACACUCAUUCCAUUACCAGAUUGGAGCGCAAGGAACAAUGUCUUUCACGCGGCACGAUGUGAGGGACCAGACCAACCCUUUGUUGAAUCUAAUUUCACCCGUAACGGCGUUAAUGGAGUCGUGGAAAUCUCACCCGGGCAUAUCCCAGGGGUCUCUCGCAGCCAGAGGUGAAGGAUAUCCGGGUCAGAACUGCAUCUCGGACGGCAUGUCGAGCUCGCCACUGAGACAACCGUCCUCGACGGCCAAAGUGUGCCUGGUUUGUGGAGAUGAGGCAUCAGGUUGUCACUACGGAGUCGUAACAUGCGGAAGCUGCAAGGUCUUCUUCAAAAGAGCUGUGGAAGGUCAGCAUAACUACCUGUGCGCUGGGAGAAACGACUGCAUCAUUGACAAGAUCCGAAGGAAAAACUGUCCAGCGUGUCGUGUACGGAAGUGUCUCCAGGCUGGGAUGAACCUAGGAGCACGGAAAUCCAAGAAGUUGAAGCUGAAGGGAGUCAGCGAGGACCUGCAGGGCUCUAAGGAUGGCCAAACUGCUACAGGUGGCGCUGGAGGCUACCUGUCCUCAGAGAAGGAGCUGAAUGCCAGUGCUGCCAAUGCCCUGGUGCCCCACAGGCCUGGGGUGGUCACACCUUUUCUGCCGCCCUCCAUCUGCAGCGUGUUGGAGCUGAUUGAGCCCGAAGAAGUGUACUCUGGCUAUGACAACUCACAGCCUGACACCACUGACCACCUGCUAUCCAGUCUCAACCGCCUGGCUGGAAAGCAGAUGGUACGCAUGGUGAAAUGGGCCAAAGUACUUCCAGGUUUCCGGAGCCUGCCCAUUGAGGACCAAAUCACCCUGAUCCAGUACUCAUGGAUGUGUCUGUCCUCCUUUUGCCUCAGCUGGCGCUCCUACAAACACACCAAUGGACAGAUGCUCUACUUUGCCCCUGACCUCAUCUUUAACGAGGAGCGCAUGCAGCAGUCGGCCAUGUACGACCUGUGUCUGGGCAUGAGGCAGGUGAGCCAGGAGUUUGUGCGACUGCAGCUAACCUACGACGAGUUCCUCUCCAUGAAGGUCCUCCUGCUUCUCAGCACAGUUCCCAAAGAGGGUCUGAAGAACCAGGCGGCGUUCGAGGAGAUGAGGGUUAAUUACAUUAAAGAGCUCCGGCGUUCGGUGGGAAAAGCAACCAACAACUCCGGCCAAACCUGGCAGCGCUUCUUCCAGCUCACCAAGCUGCUGGACGCCAUGCAUGAUUUGGUGGGGAACUUGUUGGACUUCUGUUUCUACACCUUUCGUGAGUCCCAGGCCCUGAAGGUGGAAUUCCCCGAAAUGUUGGUGGAGAUCAUCAGUGACCAGAUACCAAAGGUGGAGUCAGGCCUCACUCACACGAUCUACUUCCACAAGAAGUGACUCUUUACACAGAUGGGACAGAAGCGGCAUUAAGAACUCGAAAAAGAGGAGCGAGAAAAGUUCAGGGAAGAGAAGAAAUGUGCUGGGAAGGCCCGUCCUGCUGGCCCGCACCGUGUCGCUCAGUAUGCCAGCGUCCUCGUACUGGAUGGAAAGAUUUAGAAAAAAAAAAGAAAAAAAGAGAAAGUUUGGGGGAGAAGGUUUUGACCCUGCAGUCACCACGAGCGGUUUAGAGCUGCGGAUAGUUUGAGAAGCCGAGCGUGACACACCGAGAAGGACUUGUGACAAAUGUGACAAAGCAUCCCGAAGUACACCAAUGUCCCCCUGCCCCAAAGACGAUAACAGUAUUUUCUAUGGAGAUAAAGCCAUACAUUUCUUAGGGCGCACUAGAUACAUUCACUACACACACACAGAAACACACGUAGAGGGAAAUCGACACACUUAACUGUCCACAUGCCUUCACACAAAAUGCACAGGUGCACUCCACAUGCACUAGAAAUGGGACUCCCUUACUUACAAAUCUAGAGAAAAGGUUUUGUUGCAAAUAUUAACUCUGGCUUAUGCAGUCUUUCACAGAUAAUAGCACUAUGAAAAAAAAUUAUGCCAAUAUUUACAUUUGCUUUGCAGUGUAGUGACGAGACUGCAGGGCAAAAAAAAAAGGACAUUAAUGAGGAGGCACAGAAAAUCUAGACUUAAUAGACAAAGGUCUAUUUGAAUAUAUUCCAAGGGCUAUACAAGGAUCAUCAUAAGCUGAAUAGUCGCAUCAAAUUUAACAAGGUUCAAUUUUAAAAUCGGUAUCAUAUAAGCCAUCGCUGACAUUUACAUGCUGAUUUUUCUUUUUCAAAGUUAAAAUGUGUAGUCAAACAAUCAAAACUAAUAUGCAAAAGUCCAAAGCUAAAGCUGUUUUGAAACACAAACGUCUCUCUCUCGCGUAAAAGAAAGCUUUGCACGUGAUGCUCCCAUGUCAUAAAGUCACUAUUUUAGAGGCAUGGUGGUGUAGAAUUAAAGACAAUAUUGACGAGAGACUUCUUACCUUUGUGCAGAAAUGGUCAGGAGCGCGGCGGGAUGGAAAAACAUAAUGCAUUUACGGAAACAAUUUCAGUACAGUCCGCUGGUAAUGGAUUUGACUGAGGUGCAUCCAUAGUAAUUGCUGUUAUUUGUGUUAUCUCCAGAGCAGCUGUCCAAAUGUCUGUUUUUACUCACAAUGAAGCGAAACCAGCCCUUUGUGAACCGACACUUAUCUACUCUUCCCAGAAAGAAUAAAAAGCAUUUUUUUUAAAGAAACGUGUGUUGCAAAGGUUUUAAGUUUUUGACAAGCCAGUCGUUUUACAUUUAAGGUGCUUCGUUUCUACAAAAGCCAGGCAAAACAUAACAUGUACAGUAACUUGGUAGAACAGUCCAUGCAGUACGCCACGUGGGCUCGCAGUUCAAACACGCAUACUCUGUAAAGUCGAUAUAAUCCAAGACGGAGCGUUAACUCUUUGCAGUGCUUACAGUAAAAACAGCUAACGUAUCAAACCCCAGGCAGAUGUGUACAGGUAUUAACUUCUUAAAAACACACUCUAUUCAGCUGUUGUACAGAAGACGUUUUUAAGGUACACGACGACGAGAGCUUGAUGAAGAUGUGUUGGUAUGAUCACUUUUCCCUCACUUUGCUUAUUUCCUUUUUUUUUUUUCCUAUCUUCGGGCCAAGUGCUACUAUUUUAAAAGCAUGGCGAGGCCCAGUCAUCUGGACCAUUAGCUCGUCUCACACCCCACUGGUUUCCGGGUGGUUGUGGAACACUACUAUGAUGCUACUGAAAAACGACAGAGUCGCUGGGGAAGAAAAAGAGUGCGCGUGUGUG